AUGUCGGAAAUUCAUAUUCGAGAACUUGAAGCAGGCCCAUCUGAAAAUAUACCCCUCUUGUUCUCGUAUACUCCAAGUGACGAUGGAACAGAUGAGAAUUUAUUAGUUCUUUUUCACGGAUUGGGUGAUACACAUAUACCUUUUGCCAAACUGGGACGUCAGCUCAAGCUUCCACAGACUGCAACGCUCACGUUGAGAGCACCUGAAAAGAUACCGUUCUUGUAUGAAGAAGCUUAUCAGUGGUACACAUCCUUCGACCAGCUAGGAGAGCUAAUCGAUCGACCUAAUCCAACGUUUACUCUCGAGAUCUUAUCGAAAGUCUUCAAACAUCUCAUCGAAGAUUGUUCUUGGCCGAGCCAUAGGAUUCACCUGUUUGGAUUCGCACAAGGUGGCUCUGUCGCUCUCGAGUUUGGUAUCAAAUUCUGGAGACAGCAGCAAGAAAAGGCGAAGGAAUCAACUCCAGAGUUUGACAUCCCUACGUAUUCUCUAGGCUCUAUAGUAUCGAUCUCGGGGCCUCUACUUUCGUAUCCUACCCUGUCUUCAUCGAGUCCCACGCCCGUCCUUGCUGUUUACAGGCCUCCCCCAGCUGAACCGUCGUUGUCGCCUACAGACCUGGCUGCUCUCAAGAAAGGUUACAGCUCGGUUCGAGAAGCAAAACUCGGUGCUAGGGGACCAGGUAUGCCAUCGUCAAAGGAUGAGUGGGAGCCCAUCAUGAGGUUUUGGAGUGAAAAAUUGAGUAGGAGACAGGUAGACGGUCUGUAUGAAGUAAUGAGUGGAAUUUCCGCCCCCAAAUGAACUCAAAAGACAAUAGGUGGAACUCGGAUGCGACAGAAGUGCUUUUUUGUUGAGGAGGUUAUGAAAAUGUAUGUACAUAGCAGAACAUUAUAGCAGAAGAACGAACUUUGGGUCGACGGACACGUAAAAAACUCGAAAACUUCGUGCAGGGAAGUACAGAGUACUAAGUAGCAGGUAUGUUAAAAGCAAGAAUGCAGCAAGAAAAAAAAGCAAGUGUGAAAACAACCUGAUGAUGAAGAAAUAUUAUACAUGAAACGGACCUAAGAAAGAAAAUGGAGCACUUAUGUA